AUGGCUGAAGAAAGUUGGGCGAGCCUCGUGGCGCAAGAAGUUGCGGCGUCGAAGACGCUCGCAAACGAGCUCUGGCCAGUCCUUUGCCAAUCCUUUAGGUCCAAAAGAGUGGCAUCCGAUGUGCUGCGCUUCCUGGUCUCUCCCUAUGCUCAGCGCUUUCUGUGCAAGCCGGAUGAUGGCUCCGAAGUGGUGAACGUGUUCGAAGAGUUCAGCGUCACCGUCAACAUCCGGCGUGUGAACCCUUGGUUCGUGGAGUGGCGGCUGAAAUGGCCCGAAACAGCCGAGCCUCCUCCGAAUGACGACAUCUUCAGAAGCUGCCCAGCGCUGAAGCAGUCGAUGAGGGACUGUACCGAGCUUGGCGCGGUUGUUUGCGAUCGUGGCGACUUCGUACCACAGUUACUGAAUCUUUUGCGCGCCUCCUGUGAAGAAGAUGGUGCACUCUCCCAGGAGGGUUUGGAGGAAGCGCGAGAAACGCAGACAAACUUUCGUUCCCAUCCCACCUACCUCUACAAGCAUGUUGUACGUCUGCUGUUCACGAUCUCCGAGCCUCUACAGCAUCAUCCAGACCCCCGUUUCA